AUGCGGAGUGACUACAAUCUUGUCGCAACGGAUAGUGUUCCGAGCGUGUCCGGAUGGGACCGUCGACGCGGCUUGAUUUCGUAUCAUAAUGCAAACUGCCUGAGCUGCCUUGAGGAGUUCGACUCACACUCGGCUGUAACACUGAUACCAGAUGCUUCGAUGCGGUUGACUCUGAUGGGUUUCUGCGAUUUAAGGAAGCGAUUUUCUGUUCUGUGGCUGGAGCAGGUUAUUUCUAUAAAUCUAAUUACGCUUAAGAGUCUAAGGAGGCGCUUAAGGAUUCGCAAGGGCUGGCCAAUGAAGUCGUCUAAAAUAUUAGGGAUGAAUUUGAUUGGGGCUGGACUCAUGGGUGAGCUGCCUACGUACCUCCAGGGAAGGAGGAUCAAGCAUGGACGUAGUUCGCGGGGUGGAGAUACCUCGGAUGAGAUUAUUCUAACGAAGUACCGUUUCAGGAGGAGAGUAAUCUCCUCUUCGAAAGUAGCAAAGGUUAACGCGCAGCGAAGUGCAUCGUCGAGUGAUACAGGAGGUCGAACGAUUAGUUCUUCUCUGAAUUUCGAUUUGUACCACAGGUUGUUUCGGAAGGCUAGUAGAGCUACUGCCUCGUUAGGGUUUUCGAUCUUAGCGAUGAUUGCUUUGAAUCUGUUGACGAAGCUGCUUCUAUCUCUUCAGGAGAAAAUUGAGCUCGAAGUAUUUCGAGAUAAAGAGCUCGGAUAUAAGCUCGUGGAUCGCUAUUACCGGAGUAUUCUGGGAUACAUAGCUUGUAGUAUCGCGCAGACGGUGUUAGCAAUCCUGGAUGAGAAGGGAGUUCGUUGUGUCUCCCUGAUUACUUUGUCGAUAUCCGGAAUCGAACUCAUUGCUUGGUUAAACGUUGAGUUCGCUUGCCGGAAUGCGAGGUUUGUUUGGUCCUGGAAUCUUUCGAAAGAUUCGCAGUCCAAAAGGUUUCGCGGAUCGACAGGAAUCCGAUUAGCUGGAAUCGGAUGGGAUAGAGCUCGAUUUGACGAGCUGUUUGCUUUCGUCAAUCGAGCUAGAUCUGUCGGAUCGUUUGCUCUAUGA